UCUUUGCUGAGUGCGAAAAUAACCCGGAAGUGCAGUCGCGGAGCGUUUGUUUGUAAACAGUUACUUAAAUUUUAGAGAAAAUAAUAAUAAAAGUAAUGUACACCCAGCUCUACAUUAGCAUUGAGUUGCAUGUGCUUGUUUUCUAUGCGUGGUCCGGAAGUGAAAGUGCGGACUGUCUGUGGUGAGUUGGUUGCUAUGCGACGUGUCCCGGAAGUGAAUGUGUGUGUUGUUGUAGUGUGUUGAAUCAUGGCUGCUUCAACAGUCAAAAAUGAUAGUCGUCACAAAAGGCAAACAUGCAGCGAAAAGCUGCCUUUACAAGACAGAGAGAUUAUUAAACCCUCCAUAACAGAACUCACCAAAGAAGUGCGGACCAACAUCCUCUGUACGGUGGAAGGAUGUGGGAAGAUUCUUCCUAACACACCAGCACUCAACAUGCAUCUAGUCAAGUCCCACAGAGUCAAGGAGGGUCUGGUCAACCCUACUGUUAGAAAGGACGUUAAGGAUUCACAAAAGCUCUACUGUUGCCCAAUAGAAGGCUGCCCAAGAGGACCCAAUAGGCCCUUUUCUCAGUUUUCGCUUGUUAAACAGCACUUUAUGAAGAUGCAUGCAGAAAAGAAGCACAAGUGUUUGAAGUGCAGUAAUGGCUACAGCACUGAGUGGGACCUGCGGAGACAUGCUGAGGAUUGUGGGAGGACAUACAGCUGUACUUGUGGUUGUCCUUACGCCAGUAGAGCAGCACUGCUGUCUCAUAUCUACAGAACUGGCCACGAGGUUCCCAAGGAGCACAGGUACCCGCCAGUGAAAAAGAGGAAGAUGGAAAGAUUGUCAAGCAGUGCAACAAAUGUUAUGCCUGAUGAACAAAUAAAUGAAAUUCCAGACUCUAAGAAAAAGCUCAGUGAAGGAGCAAUCUCUACCAUACUAGUCUCUGAAGCCCCAGACAGAGCACAAAACAACACUGACCACCCUAGAAACAUCCAGAAGCUCCUUCUCCCAAAGCCAAAAGUGGCCCUAGUCAACGUUCCUGUUAUGCAGUUCACCCACCUGCCUGUUCUCCUCCCCUCUGCAGAAAGUAGUGCCUUGAGGUUGUUGCUCUUGUCUGUGGAUGCACAAGGGUCCGUAAACACUGUGCAUAUUUUGUCACCGUCGGUCGGCACAGUCGUGCCUGAUCUGAACAAUAAGACUUUCAAAGAGACCUUUCCUGUACCAACAUCGGGCCCAGAAACUAUUAGCACAGGAGUACAGGUCAAUCUAGAGAGUCAAGUCUCUGUGGGUUAUCCAAUGAUUGAUCUUGGAUCCAAAAACAAAAGCACUUCAACAAACAUUCAAACUGACAUAUCAUACCUCAACAAAGGGAUGGAUGCUGGACCAGCGACUGUUUCCCCCUGCUGUGAGGCCUCAGUGUCCUCUUGCUCUCAGACAGACAUCAGUGUAAGCGCUCAGAUUCAGCUGCCUGUUAGUGUGCAAACCCAGACGCUACCCUCACGAAUCAAAGCCACUUUAUCCAUUGGGGCACAGACUGAUGUUUUCAGUUUCUCGUCCUUUAACGUGACCCGAGAAACACAAACAGCUCAUUCUGCAGCCCCAGUGCAUGAAAGCCAGAUGGACCAAGAAAUGUGCACAAAUCUUUUUGAUACUGAUACACUCAGUGUCUCCACUCAGACUGCAACGGCUGACUCGCCUUUCAGAACCAGUGCUUUAGAAGAUCCUCUGACCAGCGCUGGAGCUGGGAUUUUUGAGGACAAGACUUCUGCAUCCAUGUGUUUUGGGGCCCAGACUGAUAUUUUGCAACAAAACACAGUUGCGGACAACCAGACUCAGACCAUGAUACUCUUCCGUGACCUUGAGAAUAUACUUUCUGAUACCAUAACUGGAGCAGCUUCAAGCUGUGCUUCAGGUUUAGUUGCUGCGCAUGAACCGCAUCACGCUGGUAUUGACUUUGACUUUGAGGAGUUCCUUAAUGCAACACACAUUCAGACUCAGACAGAAGAAAGUGGCUUGAACAGUCUGAACACAGAGACAACUUUGGAACUCCUGGACAUUGAGACACAGACUGACUUCCUGCUCUUUGACAACCUUGGUAAUGGCCACAACAGUGAGGUUGGAACAAGGGUGCAACCAAAUGAUCUGGAGCUUGAGAUGUUUGACACCCAGACCCAGACAGACCUCAACUUCCUGCUAGACACGAGUGGGCACAUGCCCCUUGGCAGUAUUCUCAGACACUCUAGUUUCAGCAUGAGCACAGAGUCCUCAGACACAGAAACACAGACUGACAUCAGGCCUGCUCCGCUUUCUCUGCCUUGCUCCCAUGAUGGGCAGGUGAGGCUCAGCAGUGCUGAAACUCAGACCAUCUCCAGUUCCUUUCACAGCCUUGGCCACCUCUUCCACACUAGCAAUGAGACCCAGACAGCAGUGGAUGACUUUCUUUCAGCAGACUUGGCCUGGAACAUGGAGUCUCACUUUAGCUCGGUGGAAACCCAAACAUGUGAGGAGCUCAUCUCACUUUUUCGACACAAUGAGAAAGCCAAAAGCUGAAGGCUCAAUCAAAGGUGAUUUGAUUGAUUAAUGAAGGAGUCAUUCGUACUUUCUUUCCUCAGCAAGGGUGGCAGAACUUAAAAACAGUCCCUCACAAUCAUCUAGAGCUCAGUCUGUCAGAUAAUAUUUGUAUGCAUAUUUGUAGAAUCUUAUUUUUGACAUAAUUCCACAAUAAGGUAUUACACAUCUGCCCAAAUCUUAAGGAUGUAUGAAUAUACCUUUGCAGCACUUUAUUACCUCAUUAUUAAUGUUCAGAAUAUAUCGGUAGUCCUAAAAGUAUUUUGUUUGUUGCAGUAGAUCAGGUCAGAGCCAUCCGUGGGGAUGUGAACUAAGUUGGUACUGAUGUUAAUUUUCUUGAGUGUAAAACAAGUAAAAAAAUCAGACAGAAAUUAUAAACAUUCCUUCCACACAUAAAAUAUCUUGUCUCGUAGGUAUACUUUCUAGUCUGAUGUUAAAAUGACCUGAGACCUGAGAAUGAGUCUUAUAGUCUUUAUCAUUUUUUUUAAACCUUGGGCUGUUUGUUUGCUUUGUGGUAUAUAACAGACUUAUGUUACAUUUAUUUGUGCAAUGCUCUAGACCCAUCUACUAGUCACUGUGAGUAAAUUUUGGUCUUGAUUCAUGACAGAAUUCAUGCCAAUAUUUCUUGCUGACUGUUAUGGCAUAUUCAUUUCAUCUUUACAUCCUAAAUCAGAUGAAUUUGCAUCUUAUGCAUGUUUCAGAUGUCACAUUUCCUUAAAAAGAGGAGCUGGCAUUGCUCUUGUUUACUGUGAUUUGCAUUCUGUACUGUGAGUAGAUUGAAAUAAGCAAAUCGCAAAAGUUUACAGUAAAACAAAACCUUUAAUAUUUCUUUAAAAGCAUGUAUCAAUUUUGAUGGAAUAUGUUCAUCCCUCAACAUGAUUUCAAAUACCAGUUUAAACUUGCCGUAUAAACCUUUUUGUUGAUGCCUUAAUUUAAGUGUUCAUAUGCUUUUGAUAGAGAUACUGAAAUCACAGUGCUGCUUAAUGGAGAAGCAAAAUUGCUAAAUUUUCUUCAUUUCGUUACAGAUUUGUUUGUGUAUAUUUAUUUGAUUUUGUUCUUUUGAAUGUUUCAUCUCUGUGUGGUGUAAAACCACUUGUUCAUUCGCUAUUUCUUGGCCUUACUACAUUGAAAGCCAACCAUAGCUUUAUUUUUAUUUUGUGUGUGUGUGUGUGUGUGUGUGAGAUUAUAUAUAUAUAUAUAUAUAUAUAUAUAUAUAUAUAUAUAUAUAUAUAUAUAUAUAUAUAUAUAUAUAUAUAUAUAUAUAUAUAUAUAUAUAUAUAUAAAACACUCACAUACACAUACACACUUAAUGUACUUAAUGUAUAUAGUGGAAAUUCCACAAAUAGAAUGUGACGCAGUGUCUGUUCCCUUUAUGAUGUUACAUUGGCUGCUUAUCAACAUUGUAACUGCAAAAGAGCUUUAGUAUUUUCAUGUCAAGCAUUAGAGACUCUCAUAUUCAGCCACUACAUUAAUUAAAAAGUUAUUUAGAUCUUGGAAUAAAUACUGCAAAUGAAUAUGUGUUCAUUUUGUUUAGGCAAUGAUGAUGUCAUAGUAAAAACUUGCUAUAGAAAACUUGAAAGAGUCAGCUAAGCUUGUGUUUCUCUGUAAAGAGUGCAUGCAUUUCUUUUGUGCCAAGAAUAACUUUUGUGUUACAUUUAGGUUUUUAGUUCUUUUGGGUCAUUAUCAAGAUAUGUGUCUAAUUUAACUUAGUACAAGAUGUUAUUUAUAAUUAUGUAUAUUAAUGAUGAUAUAGUUAUAAUUAUUUUUGCUCUUUGGAGGCUGGUCAUGUGUAUUUUAUGGCUAUGUUCUGUUGUUUAGACUAUGCUGAUGCACAUGAAACUGCAAAAUAAACUGCAGAGAAUAA